AUGUCUCAACAAGAAAUCGACCAAGUGAGCAUUCUUUUUGAGGCAUCUAAGAAGGGAGAUGUAUCGAUUUUAAAAUCAUUGGUACGAGAAAACUCACAAAUCUUGCACAAAAUUUCACUUUCUGACUUCGCCGAAACUCCUUUACACAUAUCAUCUUCUCUUGGCCAUCGUGAAUUCACAGAGGAACUUGUCACUCUCAAUAGCAAACUAGCGACUGAGUUGGACUACUCCAAUAGGACAGCCCUCCACUUGGCUUCUGCAGAGGGUCACAUUGAAAUUGUGAGGAAACUGGUAGAAACUGAUAGUGAUCCAUGCUUGUAUGUUGAUGAAAAAGGAAGAAUUCCUCUGUAUUAUGCAGUGAUGAGGGGGCGAGUAGAGGUUGUGAGAGACUUGAUCAGAGCGAAGCCAGAGUCCUUGAAUGUUCGUAACAAGGAGGAGACUGUUUUUCACUUAUGUGUUAAGCACAAUCAUCUUGAAACCUUGAAAGCCUUAGUAGAACUAGAGCUUCACAUUACCGGCGAGCUUCUCAACUUCAAUAGUAUUGAUCCCGCCGAGAAUACCAUUCUCCAUUCAGCUAUCAUGUUGAAGCAAGUUGAGAGAAGAAUUCAUCAUGAAGUUUUUGACCCUUUUCUGUGGUAUUUGCUCUAG